UUGAAGUCAUUGUGGCAGCAGGGGAUCAUUGCAAUUCUCCAUUCUAUUGCAGACUGUAGAUUAAACACAGUAGCCUUUGGCCCCUCUAUCUCUUCCGCCAAUUUAUUUUCAGCUACUGUGGGAGUCAACCGUAGGAACAAUUUACUAUGCCAGUUGGGGAAUAGCAGCCGAUGGGAUUUGCGUAUGGCAGCGACUGGACUUUUACCUUGAUGACUUCAGCUGCGCAUUGUUCCGGGUAGUCUGAUAGUCUGUCAAAGUGAGAUUUCAACCAAGGUAGAUCUCCCAGAGCUGCAACUUGGAUUAUAACGAAGACAGCCGUUUGGAUUUCAGCAUCUGCUCAGGCAGCCAUAUCCCUGAAUAACACAAUUACCAGGAAGACCAGACUUCCAGUGGACUAAAGCUGUGAGUGACGGACACAGACCGGCAGGGUCAACCACUUUAGAAGGAGAAGGAGAGCUGGAACCCAUCGUUAACAUGUCAUACUACAACAACAGUGGACAUAACAACCUGGCCUAUCAUGACAGCGACACUCUGCAGAUCGAUAGGUGACACGCAGGAUAGAAGGCAUGGAUGCUCAGUGCUACAGUUCAAAUGUCACAUUCUCCACAACAUCCCUCUCCAAAGUCCUCCCAGGAAGUCGCCGCACAGUAACCCGCACGGAAACCCCUACCCCAGGGAUGAUGGAGCUGGAGCUGUGCAGAUGUGCAGUUCAGACCUCCAGCAGCUUCCAGGAGGGGGCUUGGUCAGCCAUGGCGAUGCCCAGGUGAGGGUCCCCUGGGGAGGGUGGCAGGAGGAGAGCUGGAGAGGGAGGGACAGCAUCCCCAUGGGUCUCCUCCCACCUCGAUCGGAGAGUCCGCAGUGGCAGCAUGAUUUCAAUCAAAGCAGGUACCAAGUAGACCCAGCAACAAAUUAUGACAAAUCUCCUCUUGUACAACAUCCAUCCACAACUUCAGGUCACGUUUCAAUGAGAUUCAGGGGUUCGAGGAAGAUGAGUCUAUUCCCUGUAGGAGAGGCUGCCCUGGGAAAUCUGGGCUUUUCUGAGGACGACAUCAGGAAUGAAAUGGAAAAUGAGGAAGAGAACAUGAUCAAAGAACUUGUCGCCAUGUCAACAAGGGACAGGAUCAAAGCCAUCCGGGACCUUCCUAUGAGCUUCAAUGACAAGAAACACAUCAGGGGGCAAGUGUUGGUGUUUAAAUCCUUCAAAAAGUCCCGGCAACGGAAUUGCUUUGCAGACUGUUCAGAGACUGUCUUACUGUCUUUCCGCAGGUGUGGUGGUAACAUGAAGUUAGCCAGGCAGACCCUAGAACUGUGGCAGGGCACCAUGAAGGAGGUUGGAGGAAGAUUUGGCACCGGAGUCCUAUCCUACUUCAAGUUCCUUAAAUGGCUGCUGAUGUUUAACGUCUUCUCCUUCCUUGUCAACUUCGGCUUCAUCACAAUUCCCCAGCUCACCUACGAGCCCACGCCGGCCAUCCCAGCCGCGGUCAAGUUCAGCGGCCUGGAGAUACUGACAGGAGCGGGUUAUUUCAACCACACCGUGCUGUACUAUGGAGGAUACAGUAAUGAAACCCAGGGGACGGAGGGCAGGCCUGUGUACAACAUGCAGCUGGCCUACUUCUUCACCAUAGCAGCCUACAUGGUGUUGUGCGGAGCGGCUCUCAUAUACAGCAUGGCCGUGUCCUUUAGGAAGAGGUUUGUCCUGGCAGACUUCGCCUCAGGCGGUGCCUGGCAGCUUCUGUGUAGCUGGGAUUUCAGAGUGAACAAUGAAAGAGCAGUACGACAGCGAAAGAACAACCUGCGCAUCCAACUCAAGGAGUCUCUCUCAGAAAAAGUCCAGGUGUCCCUGCUCCCUCUGUCUGAUAGGCUGAAGCACUACGCAGUGUUUCUGGGUACUUGGCUCCUUUCAACGGGCAUGGCCGUGGGCUGCGGCGCCGGGAUUUACUUCCUGUGCAAAUAUGAAAAUCAGCGGGCGAGUCAGUCAGAGGACGAGUCUUCGGGCUCUCUCCUGGAUGAGGCCUCUACCCUCCUCCUGCCCUUCAUGGUGUCUCUGGUGAACCUGGUCGUCCCUCUCUUCUACUCUCUGUUUAGGAAGAUAGAACAUUACUCCCAGCCCCGCAUGCAGAUCUACGCCAUCAUACUUAGAAAUGUCAUCCUCAAGAUGUCUAUCCUGGGGAUCCUGUGCUACUAUUGGAUGAACGAUGUGGCCGAAAGAUCUCCAUGUUGGGAGUCCAUCGUGGGACAGGCCCUAUACAGGCUGGUCAUAGUUGAUUUCCUCUUCCUGAUGUUGGGUUCCUUCUUCGGAGAGUUCUUGAGCAAUGUCAUUGGAACCAAAUGCAUUCCGAGCCUCGGAGUGCCAGAGUUCGACAUAGCCCGGAACGUCCUUGACCUGAUCUAUGCACAGACACUAGCGUGGAUCGGAAUCUACUUCUCCCCACUUCUCCCAGUGAUACAGAUUAUCAAGUUCUUCACGCUGUUCUACCUGAAAAAGGUGAGCCUGACUCGGAACUGCCAGCCCCCUAGGCAUGCUGGUAGAGCAGCUCAGAUGCAGACCAUCUUCAUCGCCAUCCUCUUCUUCCCCUCCUUCGUAGGGGCUCUGUCCAUGCUGGCCUACACCAUGUGGACUCUCUCCCCCUCAGAUGGCUGUGGGCCUUUCAGGGGCCUCAACACCACCUUCAGUGCCGUGCAGAAUUGGAUCGAUGGGCUGGGGGGCGUGUCCGGGGCUGGGUGGACCAUCUGGAUCUACCAGCAUGUCAUCCGGAGUGAAAUAUUCUACUUCCUGAUCACUCUCAUCGUCCUUGUCUUCAUAUAUAUCUUCUGGCAGAUCAUUCAGGGACGCAAGUUGCUUAUCACUCUACUGAGACAGCAGAUUGUUAAUGAGGGAAAAGACAAAGCCUUCUUGUUGGAGAAGUUACACCGCCUUCAGAAAUCCAAACAGAUCAAACAGAAAAAGCAAAGACAGACCCGGAACAGACGGGAAGAUGAAUCCUCAGCAGGUCUCCUUCAGGCACUACUGGCUCGACAGAGGUUGGAGGAGGAGGACAUGGCCGCCGGGAGCAGCACUUUCGGGGUACCCAUGCCGCCAGACCGCUCCGAGUCCCCCGCGUCCAGUGCCGUGAUGCAGGCCCUGCUCGCCAGGCAGCAGGCAGAGAGCCAAGCGGGAGGCUACCAAGGGGUCCCGUUUACCGCGGAGCAGUCGGCCCCCUCGUCAACUAGCGCUCUGAUUCUGGCCAUGCAGGCCCGGCAGAGGGCGGAGUCACAGGCCGAGGACGGGUUUCGCCGGACGCCGGCUACGUCGCAGAACCCGGUGAAUGCGUUGCCCAGUGCGGUGAUACUGGCAAUGCAAGCCAGGCAGAGGGCGGAGGAGACAGAGUUUUACCCGACGCCUGCUUCUCCACCCUGGCCGGACAACACAGGGCCAGGCAGCGCACUGACACAGGCCAUGCUAGCGCGACGACAACUAGACGACGAGUACGGGGACAGAAGCUGACGAUGAAAAGAAAAGACUGCGCAGAGAAUACACAAAGAGUGCGUCUUUUUUAUUGCAUUUUAUUUUGUAUAUUUGUGUAGUGUACGUACUGUAUGGGAAUAUUUAGCUGGAGCCAAUACGCGAUUGGCUCCAGCUACAUUGUAAAAUUGGAAUUGUGAAAUGCUGUCAACAACCAAUGUCGCGUGAAUGCAUACAUCUUGUUGGAAAUGUUA